AUGGUGAAGCUCUCAAAGGCUGGUAACAACCAGGGCAACCCCAAGAAAAUUGCCCCUCCUCCAAAGGAGGUAGAAGAAGAUAGUGAAGAUGAGGAAAUGUCAGAGGAUGAAGAUGAUGAAAGCAACGAAGAAGAGGUUAUCAUUCCUCAAAAAGCAAGAAGUCCUCCAGGAAAGAAGGUGAUUGUUUCCCCAGCAAAGAAGAUUACGGUUGCCACACCAGCCAAGAAAGCAGUUGUCACCCCUUGCAAAAAGGCAGCAGCUAUGCCAACUCCUGGCAAAAAGGCAGCAGUUAUGCUAGCCAAAGCAGUAGCCACACCAGGCAAGAAGGGAGGCAUGCCAGGCAAAGUACUGGUGGCAGCCCCUGGUAAGAAGGGAGCAGCCACUCCAGCCAAGGGAGCAAAGAAUGGCAAAAAUGCUAAGGAAGACAGUAAUGAGGAAGAUGAGGAUGACAGUGAAGAGGAUGAUGAGGAGGAUGAUGAUGAAGAUGAAGAUGAGGAUAGAGAAGAUGAGGAUGAAUUUGAGCCAGCAGUGAGGAAAGCUGCUGCUGUCACUGCUGCCUCCGAUGAUGAAGAUGAGGACGAUGAGGAUUACAAUGAAGAAGAUGACUCUGAAGAAGAACCUAUGGAGGUGGUUGUACCAACCAAAGGCAAGAAAGCCUCAAAAGUUGUUCCUGUGAAGGCCAAGAGCACAGGUGAGGAUGAAGAUGAAGAGGAUGAAGACAAAGAGGAGGACGAUGAAGAUGAGGAAGAGGAGGAAGAGGAGGAGGGGGAAGAGGAAGAAGAGCCUGUCAAAGAAGCACCUGGAAAACAAAAGAAGGAAAUGGCCAAAGAGAAAGCUGCUCCUGAAGCCAAGAAGCAGAAAGUGGAAACCACAGAACCAACUAAAACUUUCAAUCUCUUUAUUGGAAACCUGAACUUCAGCAAAUCUGCUUCUGAAUUAAAAAUGGGUAUCAGUGAUGUGUUUGCUAAAAUCGAUCUUGCUGUUGUGGAUAUCAGAAUUGGUAUGUCUAGGAAGUUUGGCUAUGUGGAUUUUGAAUCUGCUGAAGACCUAGAAAAAGCCUUGGAACUCACUCACGUGUUGUUUGUCACUGUUUUAAAAGUCUUUGGUAAUGAAAUUAAACUAGAAAAACCAAAAGGAAAAGACAGUAAAAAAGAUCGAGGUGCAAAAACAAUUUUGGCUAAAAAUCUGCCUUAUAAAGUUACUCAGGAAGAAUUAAAAGAAGUGUUUGAAGAUGCCAUGGAGAUUAGAUUAGUCAGCAAGGAUGGAAAGAGUAAAGGAAUUGCAUAUAUUGAAUUUAAGACAGAAGCUGAUUCGGAGAAAACCUUGGAAGAAAAACAGGGAACAGAAAUAGAUGGGCAAUCCAUUUCCCUGUACUACACCAGAGAGAAAGGUCAAAAUCAAGACUAUAGAGGUGGUAAGAAUAUCACUUGGAGUGGUGAAUUCAAAACGGUUUUAAGCAACAUCCCCCACAGUGCAACAGAAGAAACUCUUCAGGAAGUAUUUGAGAAGGCAACUUCUAUCAAAGUGGCCCAGAACAAAAAUGGCAAAUCUAAAGGGUAUGCAUUUAUAGAAUUUGCUUCAUUUGAAGUUGCUAAAGAGGCUUUAAAUUCCUGUAAUAAGAGAGAAAUUGAGGACAUAACAAUCAGGCUGGAGUUGCAAGGACCCAGAGGAUCACCUAACGUGAGAAGCCAGCCAUCCAGAACUCUGUUUGUCAAAGGUUUGUCUGAGGAGACUACAGAAGAGACAUUAAAGGAGUGCUUUGAUGGCUUUGUUCGGGCCAGGAUAGUCACAGACCGGCAGACUGGAUCUUCCAAAGGGUUUGGUUUUGUAGAUCUCAACAGUAAGGAAGAUGCCAAAGCAGUCAAGGAGGCCAUGGAAGAUGGUGAAAUUGAUGGAAAUAAAGUCACUUUGGACUGGGCUAAGCCUAAGGGUGAAAGUGGCUUCAGGGGUCACGGCGGAGGCAGAGGUGGCUUUGGAGGCAGAGAUGGUGGCAGAGGAGGCCAAGGAGGAUUUGGUGGCCAAGGCCAGGGAGGCUUUGGAGGUCAGGGAGGCUUCUGGGGAGGCAGAGGGGGCAGAGGCGACCACAAACCACAAGGAAAGAAGACCAAGUUUGAUAGUUUCUUCUAUUCCUGUCUUUCCUUCUUCCAUUUGAAAGAAAGGACUCUGGGGUUUUACUCUGUUACCUGA